CCGUCCGGAGCAACCUCACCUCCUUCGGAGCCGACCAGGUGAUGGAUCUCGGUCGCCAUGCCAACCAGCGCUUCUUCAACUGGUUUUAUUGGAGCAUCAACCUGGGUGCGGUGCUGUCGCUGCUGGUGGUGGCUUUUAUCCAACAGAACAUCAGCUUCCUGGUGGGCUACUGCAUCCCUGUGGGCUGUGUGGGCCUGGCCUUCUUCAUCUUCCUCUUUGCUACCCCAAGCUUUGUUACCAAGCCCCCCACAGGCAGCCAAGUGUCUUCCAUGCUUAAACUUGCUCUCCAAAACUGCUGUCCCCGGCUGUGGCACCGACACUCUGCUAGAGACUCUCUAGGUGCCCAUCUGCUGCCUGACCAGAGGUCUCAGCAGCCUGGCCCUUCCCCCCAAGAGGACAUCGCCAACUUCCAGGUGCUGGUGAAGAUCUUGCCUGUCAUGGUGACCUUGGUGCCCUACUGGAUGGUGUACUUCCAGAUGCAGUCCACCUACGUCCUGCAGGGUCUUCACCUCCACAUCCCGAACAUCUUCCCAAACUACCCUGCCAACAGCUCUGUGGCUCUGAGAGCCCAGGGCAGCAGCUACAAGAUCCCAGAAGCCUGGCUCCUCCUGGCCAAUGUCGUGGUCUUGCUGAUUCUGGUGCCGGUAAAGGACCACCUGCUCGACCCUUUACUGCUACGGCGCAAGUUGCUUCCCUCGGCUCUGCAGAAGAUGGCACUGGGGAUGUUCUUUGGUUUCACCUCUGUCAUUGUGGCAGGAGUCCUGGAGAUGGAGCGUUUAGAAUACAUCAGUCACAACCAGACGGUGUCCCAGCAGAUCGGGCAGAACAUAUACUAUGCAGCACCACUGUCCAUCUGGUGGCAGAUCCCUCAGUACCUGCUCAUCGGGAUCAGUGAGAUCUUUGCCAGCAUCCCAGGCUUGGAGUUUGCGUACUCAGAGGCCCCACGCUCCAUGCAGGGCGCCAUCAUGGGCAUCUUCUUCUGCUUGUCGGGGGUGGGCUCGCUGUUGGGCUCCAGCCUGGUGGCACUGCUGUCACUGCCGGGAGGCUGGCUGCACUGCCCCCAGGACUCUGGGAACAUCAACAAAUGCCGAAUGGACCUCUACUUCUUCCUGCUGGCCGGCAUUCAGGCUGCCACGACCAUCCUGUUUAUUGGGAUCACUGGUCGCUAUGAGAGGGCGGCCCAGGGCCGAGCCUCCCAAAGCUGUCCCAGGAGGGACAGUGGCUGAACACACCCCCCACCCUAGUCCCUCGCUUCUCUCCCGCCAACAUAGACUGCAGCAGUCCGCUGGGGUUUCCUUUUCAGUUUAUUCUGUACCCAACAUCAGGAUGAAAUGGGUCUCAUAAGUAAGGGCCAUGAGCCCUUCCUCAC